AUGGAAUGGGCCCGAUCACAGACUCAGUCUGCGCUGAGAUCGCCUCGCCAAUCUCAUUCUGGGUAUGGGAGUCGAGAUCUUCUCUUCCCAUGGAAGUCAAUUGAGCUCCAGGUUGAAACCGGACCUGGAACAUGGAGCAAUCUACUCGAUCCAAAUUAUACGCGGGAGGUUAUGAAUUGGGACUCGGAGUCAGCAAAUGUGGAUUUGUCUGGGUCGUUGCUCGAUUGUACUUCAACGCUGUUCAGUUCCAUGCUCAACGAGCCCGAGACCUCCCAGGAAAAUGUUCAGGUGGAUAUUCCUGACGCAUUGAUGCCUGCACGGUCUGUGUCUGAUCUCAUUCCACCAUACUUCCCCAUUUCCCCAAACACCUCCACGCAACCACCCUCGGAUCUCGAACUUGAUCCAAUGUAUCAACAGAUGUGGCUGGCCUCCCAGGCUUCUCAGACAUACAGUAGCCUCGGAUCCGCCCCAUCCCAAAGCCCGCGGCGACCGAGUGACUCCGCUUGGAUGUCUGCCAACCAGCAAUCCUCCGACUGGCCCAGCCCGCAAAGAUCACUCUCCCCGUUUUCCAUCGACCAACAAAUGAUUAACACAUCCAACUCCUAUUUGACUUCAGUCAAUCUGUUGCAAAUAUAUCACGAUGUGCUAGAGCAUAACCUGUCGUGUUGGCUAAGCGAUAUGACUUGUCCCUACCAACUAGGAUCACGAAAUACCCGUCAGCUUGUACCCGAAUUGGGAUAUUCACGGUCUGAUAUGAUAUAUCAGCGCACGAUCCGGCUCGAUCGCGUCGCACAGUCUUCCAAUCUUCUCCAGCUGACACGCGCCGAGGACCAGGCCGCCUCCAAAGCUUUGCACCUUGCAAUCAUGGCAUUUGCUACGCAGUGGGCACAGGGCAGUUACCGACACCGCGAGAAAUAUCCGACCAAGUCUCUCGACGGUGGAGAGGAUGAAAUCGCCAAUGGCGUCGCCGACGAGUUCGAUCGCAUUCUUCAGAACCACUUUUGGGAGCAGGCGCAGCGCGCGCUCCAACAAGUCGCCGGUUUGGAGUCGUAUAGAGUUACAUGGGCCGAGCUGAUCUUCGGCUUCACACAAAGGCCGUGGAAUCCCGACACUCGGCCUUCUAGACAGCGGGUGCAAGAACAAGGCUCCGGGUUUGCCACCGAAUCCGUCUUGACAAAGUUACACGAUAUAAUACACAAAGAUGGACCACCAGUAUACAUGGAGAGAGCAGCUCGGAAAAUGCACGCCUUGAAGUUUCGCUGCGACGUGCUCGAAAAGGGCCUCGGCAAGCCGUACGGCAGUCGCAAGAAAGGGGCCCAUGGCAUUGAAGCCAUGAGUGCGGAAGAACGAGGGACAAUUGGCCUGCUCUACUGGAUGGCUAUCAUGUGUGAUACCCUCUCCUCGUCUAUGAACGAACGACCCGUCGUGGUGCUGGAUCAGGACUGCGAGCACGAGCGGCAAAAAGAGAUCCAGCAAGCCGGGAAUAUCGACAAAUCUAUCGGAAGAAGUCGAUGGAAUCUCGAUCUCUUUUUGCAAGGAAACCUCAAGCAGAUGCGUCGAACGCACUGGCCCUGUUCCUAUGAGGCUGCCGCUGAAGACGUGAUCAAGUCAGCGCCAGUCAAGGUUCUUCUAUUCCGCCACCUGUCUUACCUACAAAACGCGGUUCGCAAGAGUGCUCCUGAAGAGCAGAUCGAAGAUAUUGUCCGCAUGGCGAUGUUGUUAUAUGAAUACUGGAAUAGAACGCACGGCGCCUUCUUCGAUGAACUAGUGCAGAACUACCAUGCGGUUCCGCAGCGCAUACGGGGCUGGUUCCUCUGUAUCUCUGCGCACUGGAACCUUGCUGCGCUUAUGUUUGCUGACCUGCUAGAAUUCAUCGACGAGAAUUCCCUAGGCGUGGAUGGUGCAACUCGUAUCACCGGUCAAGUGGCGAGGAGAAUUAGGAUGCACAGCGCCAGGGAACUAUCAAUUCUGGCAAGAGUCGGUACGCCGUCUACCAGAAAUAGUGAUAACCUUUGUGUGCCGCAGAUGUCAGACUUCCACCACGCUGUCAAGGAGAGCACACUUUUGACCGAGCCAUGGACGAUAGUUUUAAUCAGAGCAUUUACCAAAGCUUCCAUGGUCUUUCUAGGUGAAGCAGAUGAGUCCUUGCGGUACGACGGAAUUAUUCUCGGGCAGAGCAGUCAUGAUUUCGAGGGGAAUAUGGAGCAAGCGGAGGAUUGUAUGAAGGGGCUGUGGCUACUAGGUAAAAAGUCGGAUAUGGCACGGGAGAUUGCCGAGAUCCUUUCACUCGCGUUAAGAGAAUUGCGGAAGAGGUGUGUUAUAUAG